CCCAUUAAAUAAACCCUAAGCUCAGAAGACAUGUGAUAUAAGCGUGUCUCUCAUUUCUACUGGUUCGGCGGCUCUCUAGGGUUAUCACUUGUAAGCAGUUAAAGAUGCCGGCGGGACAUGGAGUUCGUGCUAGGACAAGAGAUCUGUUCGCGAGGGGGUUCAGGAAGAAGGGUACAAUUCCAUUGUCUACCUACCUCAGGACCUUCAAGGUCGGAGAUUACGUGGAUGUCAAGGUGAAUGGUGCGAUCCACAAGGGUAUGCCUCACAAGUUCUACCACGGUCGUACCGGUCGUGUCUGGAACGUUACCAAACGUGCUGUUGGUGUUGAAGUCAACAAACAGAUUGGCAACAGGAUCAUUAAGAAGAGGCUUCAUGUGCGUGUGGAGCACGUGCAGCAGUCAAGGUGCGCUGAGGAGUUCAAGCUGAGGAUUAAGAAGAACGAUGAGCUCAAGGCUGCAGCCAAAGCCAAAGGCGAGACAAUUAGCACCAAGAGACAGCCUAAAGGACCCAAACCAGGAUUCAUGGUUGAAGGUAUGACCUUGGAGACUGUCACCCCAAUCCCUUACGAUGUCGUCAACGAUCUCAAGGGAGGCUAUUAGUUCUACUUCUACUUUAUUCCCCCCAGUGUUUUGUGUUUUGGAGCUUUCCUUCGUAUGUUUUGUAUCAACUUGAGACUUUCUUCGACCAAGAAUAUGAUUUUAUAUAACAGAAGUUUUGUUA